GCGUCAUUGUUCAGCGUCAAUCUCGUUUUUCUUUAUUCGCGUCGUUUUACGCUCCGUAGUUUGUACAAUUCUACAAUUCUACAGUCUACACAAAACCGUCUCUGAAACAUCAGUUCAAAAAUAGUCAUUUUUUAUUAAAGUGGCAUUUCAGAAUAUAAUUGUGUGUUUGUUACAAAAAGUAAAACAAUUUUUUAUAAAAGAUUUGUAUACCUUGUGAUUUUUGGAUGUGAAUGACACUGUAAUCAAAAUGUUGGCUAAACUCGUGUUUAUGUUAUUCGUGAUCUCGUCACAACUGGAAGGAGCGGUUAGAGACAAUUUUAGAAGGGGAGAAACGUCAUACAACGAGCCAGCAUUGAUCCGACGUGUGCCACGUCAGGUCGCGUGCGGGUACUUUCCGGACGAGUUCAAGUUCGUGUGUUCAGAUGGCACUUGCAUCGCAGCGGACAAGAAGUGCGACGGUACCGUCGACUGUCUCGACGGUUCGGACGAAACGCACCACCUCUGCAGGGAGACACCGUGCCCCGACCACCUAUUUCGCUGUACAUACGGCGCAUGCGUCGGCGGUUCGGCGCCGUGUAAUGGUGUCACAGACUGCGCCGACAAUUCCGACGAGUUGCAACCGAAAUGCAACAAUUAUACCUUUGAAAAAGGGGGACAGUUUAAGUGCAAUGACAGCAGUCUCAUCGAGAGCGACCGGCGGUGUGACGGCAUCCGCGACUGCAGCGACGGCUCCGACGAGACGUUGGUGGCGUGCGCCGGUAACGUCUGCGCCUCCAAUGGGUUCCAGUGCGCUUAUGGGGCCUGCGUCGACGAGGGCGCCGCCUGUAAUGACAUAGACGAAUGCGCUGAUGGAUCUGACGAGUCGGAUAAACUAUGCAACAGGACAGUACCACGGAGAGCCACCACAACGACCACCACAACGACCACCACAACGACCACCACAACGACCGCGCCGAGUACGACAACAGUGGGCGUUCCAAACAUGUGCGUGUUACCACCGCACCCGGAGAACGGCCUGUUCCUGAAGAAUGGUGACACCGCUGAAUACAGAGCUGGUGACGUCGCGAUCUCCGCCUAUUUCAAUACCACCUGCUUACCCGGAUACAAGGUCGUCGGAGAGUCAGUGGUCAUCUGUAACUUAGGACGGUGGAUACCAACGAAAUUACCAUCCUGUGUCCGUGCCUGUUCAUUGAAGCCGUCGGAUAGCUUGGAGUACCGAUGCGUGCUGCUCGACAAGGGUACGAACGGCACGCGUGAAUGCGAAGAGUUGGAGGUGCUCGGGACCGUUGUGAUGCCCGAGUGUCGCCGCCCCAACUACUACAGUCCCAAACCGCUGCCAAAGAUGUACUGUACCGACGCGGGCUGGAGCUACAAGCCCACCUGUCUAGCCAAGUGCGGCACGCCCACGCCGCGCGGGGACUUCCCGUGGCACGUCGUCGUGUACCGCCGCGCCGACGGCACCGGCGACGACUACGAGCAGAUCUGCGGCGGCUCGCUCCUCAACGAGUGGACCGCCGUCACCGCUGCGCACUGCGUUGGGUUGGACGAUGACUGUGGAGUCAACCCGGUCGAGAAUUUCAUGGUGGCUGCUGGCAAGCUGUACAGGGAACUGAACGACCCACGGGACAAACUUUACCAGCAGACAUCCCAAGUUUCAGCGAUUCACGUACCUGAACGAUACUGCGGAGCUAAUCUGGAUUACCAGUAUGAUCUGGCUGUGGUCAAAGUGAAAGACAGAUUCGUAUUCAGUAUCUACAUUCGUCCAGUUUGUCUCGAUUUCUCGUCAGAAUUCGAUGAAUUCCAGUUGAAAAAAGGAAGUAUGGGCAGAGCUGCGGGUUGGGGACUCACUCAGAGCCGACGUGGGACCGAGUCCACGAAGCUGAAGGUUGUGGACAUAAAGUACGUGGAGUGGCAGGAAUGCAAAAAACGUAUCCUGCAAUUGUACAUCAAAUCAAUCAAAGUUGACAAGAUCUGCGCCAGCUUCGGCAACGGCACGACGCUGUGCAAGGGCGACAGCGGCAGCGGGCUGGUGUUCUGCGCGCGCGAGCACGGUGAGAUGCGCUGCUACCUGCGCGGCGUGCUGUCCACGGCCCCGCCGAACCCCGACGGCAGCGGCUGCUCCAACACGCUCUCCAUGUUCACGCACGUGCUGGAACACGAGCGCUUCCUGCAGCGGCACCUCGCCAACGACCCGCGCCCCUAGUGCGUAGUGCAAAUAAUGCUCAUAAGAUAAUUUUAGUACUUAAUUAUAAUAAAUUAAUUAAAUUAAUAGGGUUCCGUACAAUAAAGGUAAAGAAUAAGAGAGAGGCUUGAGCUAUUGCAAAAAAAAACCGCCUUUCACGUAACGGUUGAAGUGUAUGUAUACCUCUUUACUGAUGGCCGCACAAAGCAUAUCCUGAACAAGGUGUUAAUUUUUGAGACCAAAAUGACGUCAAUAGGUCUCCUGAUCAAAGAAUUAACUAAGCAACUCUGCAUAUGUCGCCAGUUAACACCCCCGUGCCUCAGUAAGCCCGUCCGUUGGUCCUGCGUGACUCUCCAAUCGGUCGAUCGAUAUGCCGUCCCGUAGGAUUAGGAAUAGAGACGUACACUUGUGUUUGCGCACAUACUUGUCAAAGUAACAUCCCCUGCUCAGUGAGGCCCUGGUACCCCCUGAGCAUGAUCGCGAUAAUAAUAUAUAAAAGUUAUAUAUUUUGAAACAUGUUCGAUUGUAUAAAACUUUAAACUUGCCAUGUUAGCAAUAAAUCACUAUGUAAUUUCAAUACGUACUAGUUUCUUUUAUAUUCAUUUAAAGCAGACGCCUAUUUUUAGAGGCUAGUAAUUUAUUAUUAAUUUAUUCACUUAUGCUCUUGAUCUUAAAUGUUUGACACCAUUUUGGAACGGGUUCAUAUAGAAGUGUAUCCUUUCAAAUAAAAGAUAAAAAUUCUAAAUCGUUUUAUAAAUGAUGUAAUUCUGGAAAACCAAAGCAUAAAAAAACGAUUGCGUUGAGUACCUUUUUUAUUAGUCUGUUAAUAAUACUAUAAAAACAAGCUUUUAUAUUUGUACGUGACUGCGAUAUUUAGAAUACUAGCUUCAGUAGCGUAGCAUGGGUCAUAGCGCUCGGUGCGCGUUCCGAAUUUGCCGCCCUUUUUCUUGCAAUUGGUUAAUCAAAUAAAGUGGGGCUCUGUAAAAACAGUACUCUUAUUGACUAACACUAAACUGAAACGUGAAAAUGAAUAUUACAUUUUAUUAAACAGUUAACGUUUUCUUACGCCCGUGCUACACCACCGACUAGCCUGUUCACAAGUAUGUGCAAAUGAAAUUGCAGAACUCAAUAUAGAUAUUUAUUAUUUUAAAUAAGAAAUUGUAAUAUAAGAAUAAUAACACUAAUUUAAAAAACAUCGUUAAUCAAAUUAUAUUAUUUAAAAAAAGUAUUUUAAUCUUGUAAGGCAUUUAUAUGCAUUUAGUUUUAUUUUUUAAUUUAUUUAUUUAUAUUAAAUUGAAACAUCCUAUGAAUCGAAAUUUGUGAAAUUGUUGUUUGUUAGUAAAUGUGAUAAAAAGAAACAAAUUGGCCAAAGUUAUUCUAUUCCAAUUUAUAUUCUGCAAAACAAAAAUUAAUUCCAAAAUGUGGCAGUGAUUUUUUUUUAAAAUUAUGAUGCAAAUGUCGCACCCUUGCACUCCAUGUAACCUUUCACACUUUAAAUAUUGAACAAAAUUUAAUUAAUAAAUACAUACAAUUGGAAUAGCAUUAAUGACAUAUUUGUAUAUUUUGUUAUAUGUUAGUUCGCGUUUAUUAAUAAAUCAAUAAGUUUUUCGUUAUGAACAAUUGUAGUGUUAAUUAUUUAUUUAUUUAAUGUUAAACCAAAGAAGUACAAAAAAUGUGCCAAUACAAACGAGGCUGUUAAAUUAAUUUUAAGGUAUAGUGUAAGUCAAUUAAUAAAUGUAAUUAAUGCAAUGGCAUUUUUCUUGCAGAUAUGAAAUGAUUGUGAGUUUUGUCUUAUAUGGUCGAUCAUAGAGUUGAAAUUUACUAGUCAUUUGUAUUAUAAUGAUAUACUCAAUUAUCUUAAAAUCGUCAAUGAAAAUUUCUUUCUCUAUGGUAGAUCUAUUUACGAAAUUAAUUUUAUGUGAAACAUAUUAUUAUUGUUAUUUUUUUACAAUUUUAUAAUGAAAUUAAAAAAAAAAAACAAGAGAGUGGAAUUAAAAAAGGACAAACUUUAUUAUAAU